AUGGACGCUGCGGAUCCCUCUCUGGCCACCAAGGAGGAGGAGACGCGGCGACUAGAGAACAUAAUCUAUGACUGCGGCAAGGCUGCCAAACUUCUUUUGGAUGGAUCGCACCAACACGAGGAACUGGUGAAAACUGCAAAGGAGUUCGUAGCGUUUGAACGCACCAUACUCCGUACGGAGGACGUCCUUCUGGGCAUGGAGCGAGCCAUGUCCGAACUCACAGAAAUGACGUACUCGCUGCAGGUGAGCCUGGAGAAGCUUCCUCUGCUUGCUCGCCAGUUCGAACGGCUGCCCAUUGCCGAGGGAGAGUGGCUCGCGCAACCCACAAAGAUAAAGUUUUAG